AAAAAAAGAGGAAAUCCACUCUCUCUCGUUCUUUCCUUUUUUUUGACAACAAUGUAAAUCUAGUUUUGCAGAGAUGAUUGGUAAUUUAUGUAUAUAAGGAGCAGGUUUAGAUUCAAAAUAUAUCCGAUACUAAAUAGGAUAUAUAUCAUUAUCUACUUAAAGCAACAAAUAAUCCAACCCUCACCAUAAUCACAUUACAAUCUCAUUAUCUAUCUUUUCUUCUUGUGUCUUCUAAAUUUUGUUCUUGCAAAAAACAUGUCUCGUCUGUUCGUCUUCAUAGCUUUGCUUCUGAGUUCUUGUAUUGGAUCGUCGACAGCAAUUGAUCCAACUUGUGGCAACAAAGUCGUGAGCACAGUCUUCGUCGACCAGAACGGUUCAGGAAACUUCCGUACGGUUCAAGCUGCCAUUGAUUCAGUUGGUGAACUGAACUCUCAGUGGAUCAAAAUCAAAGUAAAAAAAGGUGUCUAUGUAGAGAAGGUGAGGAUACCGAUGACGAAACCGUGCAUGAUAGUAGAAGGAGAGGGACAAGGAGUUACGACCAUCACGUACGAUGCUCACGAGGCCACUGACGUCAGCUCUACUUUCACUUCAUAUCCAUCCCACAUUGUCGUCCGAUCCUUAACAAUCAUGAAUACGUAUAAUCGUUUAACUUUUCGAAAUAAACCGAGUUGGCAAAUAAAGCCAGCGGUAGCGUUAGCGGUUUACGGCGAUAAAUCAGCGUUCUACAACUGCGAUUUCUUGUCAUUACAAGACACAGUGUGGGAUGUUCAAGGCAAACAUCACUUCAAGGACUGUUACAUCGAAGGUGCAAUCGAUUUCAUUUUUGGCAGUGGCCAAUCUAUCUACGAGGAUUGUCGUAUAAACGUGACGGCGGGAACAUUAGCAUCAGAAGUAACGAAUGGGUACAUAACGGCUCAAGCAAGGUGGAGUCUUUGGGAUCCAAGUGGGUUCGUGUUCCUACGUGGCAGUGUCUCAGGGACCACCAAUGUCUUUCUUGGACGAGCCUAUGGUCCAUUUAGCCGAGUCAUUUUCAUCCAAACCGAUCUCUCUUCGAACGUUGACCCUAAGGGUUGGUACCCUUGGCACUACGCUGGCUACGAGCAAUCGCCGUCUUUCGAUUUUCUGUUUCAUUUCCCGGUGGAGAGAACCCGUUAUUUAUCGCCGGCGGCUUUUUCUAGAGUUCGCCUUCGCUCCCCUCCUUGCAGAUGGCUAAGUCUCAGCUCAUCAGCCUCAUGCUUUCGCAGGUUAUACAGCUUUAGUUCAAGGUGCUCGAUUACAAACACGGAUGUAUGUCACGAUUUCGUCACUACUGAUGAUGACAUCCACGAGGACUUGCCGGUUUCAAUGGAGGAUCAUUCGAUUCCAAUUGUUCAUAUAGAUACAAACAUCGCUGUAACUGAAUCUCUGAGCUUACUCACCGAGUGUACUUACGUAGAUACCGUUUUGACAGCAUUGCCCGUCUUGUCUGAGGAGGAGCAGACCGCACUUGCAGCCACUCCCGCUCACCCUGAAGGAUUAUAUGUCUUAUACGCGAGCUGUUUGGUCGGGAAUUUGGUUGAGCAACUUUGGAAUUUCGCUUGGCCGUCCGCCAUUGCAAUGCUACAUCCGAGCUUACUACCUGUGGCAGUCAUGGGCUUCGUCACUAAAUUGGCAAUAAUUGUUGGGGGUCCUGUUGUUGGAAAGUUUAUGGAUCAUAGUCCCAGAGUUCCUACAUAUAUCUCGUUGAAUGUUGUUCAGGCAGCGGCUCAAGUGCUAUCUGCAGGAAUGAUAAUUCAUGCAUACACGGUUCCUUCCACGUUGGGGUCAUCAAUUCUUCUGGAGCCUUGGUUUUUUGCAUUGAUAUUCGCAGGGGCCAUUGACAGACUCUGUGGAAUAGCGUCUGGAGUCGCCAUAGAACGUGACUGGGUUGUAUUGUUGGCGGGCAUGAACAGACCAAUCGCUCUUGCACAAGCAAAUGCUGUCCUCAACAGGAUUGAUCUGCUUUGCGAGAUCGCUGGGACGACGUUAUUUGGCAUUCUCCUAUCCAAAUAUGAUCCCGUGACCUGCUUAAAGUUCGCUGCCACUCUAAUGAUUGGUUCUUUGCCAACCAUGACAGCUUUGAUAUGGUUGACCAACAAGCUCUCCUCUGGAGUUCUCGACCGUCCUAAGUGCUCCCAGAGUGCUAGCGAAGGACCUCGUUCUGAUACCGAAAGUAUUUUUGAUAUUGGCGUGGAAGCUAUCAAGCUCGGAUGGAAAGAAUAUAUUCAGCAGCCAGUUCUUCCCGCUAGCCUCGCAUAUGUCCUUCUCUACUUCAACAUCGUGCUCACCCCAGGCAGCUUGAUGACUGCAUUUCUAACACAACGAUGUGUGAAUCCGUCAGUUAUAGGGGGUUUCAGUGGAUUAUGCGCUGUUAUGGGAGUCGCUGCAACUUUCUUAUCAGCAAACUUGGUUAGACGAUUUGGCAUUCUAAAGGCGGGUGCAGUAGGAUUGUUUUUCCAGGCUUCACUACUUGGUGUUGCUGUUGCUGUGUAUUGGAGCUCCUCUCUCUCCAAGCAAAGCCCACUCUUCUUCUUCUUGUCCAUGAUUGUAUUAUCGAGGCUUGGUCACAUGUCUUACGGCGUUGUGGGAGCUCAGAUUCUUCAAACCGGAAUCCCAUCGUCGAAAGCUAACCUCAUCGGUGCGACCGAGAUAUCAGUGGCGAGUCUAGCUGAAUCGCUGAUGCUCGGAGUAGCCAUAGCCGCCAAUGACGCUUCCCAUUUCGGGUUUCUCGCGGUUCUGUCUCUUCUAUCAGUUGUUGCGGCCACUUUUAUAUUCUGCAGAUUGCUGAGAAAUCCCACUGAUGAACAAAGACGGCUCUUCUCCUUCGACCCUCUCUCGAAUUGAUUUAUAUAGUGUGUAUGCAUUGAAAUGUCUUGUAUAGUAGUUUCACUUUCGGUGUAUAAAUUCUUUUAUUUCAAGUAAAGAAGAACAUGAGUUUAAAUCUCAGUGGUGUAUGAAAACUCAAAAAUUGACUUCCAAUAUAACCUCUGAAUCAAGAAC